UGGGAAAAUCAAAAGAAAUCAGCCAAGACCUCAGAAAAAAAACUAGACCUCCACAAGCGCCUGACGAUACCACGUUCAUCUGUACAAACAAUAGUAUGCACGUAUAAACGCUAUGGAACCACGCAGCCGCCAUACCGCUCAGGAAGGAAACGCGUUCUGUCUCCUAGAGAUGAAUGUACUUUGGUGCGAAAAGUGCAAAUCAAUCCCAGAACAACAGCAAAGAAUCUUGUGAAGAUGCUGGAGGAAACCGGUACAAAAGUAUCUAUAGCCAAAGUAAAACGAGUCCUAUAUCGACAACCUGAAAGGCCACUCAGCAAGGAAAAGACACUGCUCCAAAAUCUCCAUAAAAAAGACAGACUACGGUUUGCAACUGCACAUGGGGAAAAAGAUUGUACUUUUUGGAGAAAUGUCCUCUGUUCUGAUGAAACAAAAAUAGAACUGUUUGGCCAUAAUGACCAUCGUUAUGUUUGGUGGAAAAAGGUGGAGGCUUGCAAGCAGAAGAACACCGUCCCAACCAUGAAGCACAGGUGUGGCAGCAUCAUGUCGUGGGGGUGCUUUGCUGCAGGAGGGACUGGUCCACUGGAAAGUGACCUCCAUUCACUAUUUAACCCUGCCCAUUUCGAGACAUGAUAAUGGUCCAUUUCUAAAUCAAAACCAAUUUCAUCCAUAUAUUAUUUAGUAUAUGCAAAGACAAGAUUAAACCAAGAAUGGUCUGUUAGGUGACAAUAAUUGCCUAUUACUUGUAAAUGGAGUAUUUUCACUUGUGAUAAAAGCAGAAAUACAUUGGAAUUGAGCUCAGGUGCAUCAUGUUUCAAUUGAUCAUCCUUGAGAUGUUUCUACAACAUGAUUGGAAUCCACAUGUGGUCAAUUCAAUUGAUUAGACAUGAUUUGGAAAGGCACACACCUGUCUAUAUAAGGUCCCACAGUUGACAGUGCAUGUCAGAUUAAAAACCAAGCCAUAAGGUCGAAGGUAUUGUCCAUUGAGCUUCGAGGCAGGAUUGUGUCGAGGCACAGAUCUGGGGAAGGGUACCGAAAAAUUGCUGCAGCAUUUAAGGUCCCCAAGAACACAGUCGCCUCCAUCAGUCUUAAAUGGACGCAGUUUUGAACAACCAAGACCUAGAGCUAGCCACCCAACCAAAAUGAGCAAUCGGGGGCGAAGUGCCUUGGUUAGGGAGGUAACCAAGAACCUAAUGGGCACUCUGGCAGAGCUCCAGAGUUCCUCUGUGGAGAUGGGAGAACCUUGCAGAAGGACAACCAUCUCUACAGCACUCCACCAAUCAGGCCUUUAUAGUAAAGUGGCCAGAUGGAAGCCACUCCUCAGUAAAAGGCACAUGACAGCCCGCUUGGAGUUUGCCAAAAGGCACCUGAAGACUCUCAGACCAUGAGAAACAAGAUUCUCUGGUCUGAUGAAACCAAGAUUGAACAUAUUUUGGCCAGAAUGUCACUUCUGGAGGAAACCUGGCACCAUCCCUACGGUGAAUCAUGGUGAUGGCAGCAUCAUGCUGUGGGGAUGUUUUUCAGAGGCAGGGACUGGGAGAUUAGUCAGGAUCAAGGAAAAGAUGAACGUAGCAAAGUACAGAGAGAUCCUGAUGAAAACCUGCUCCAGAGUGCUCAGGACCUCAGACUGGGGCGAAGUUUCACUUUCCAACAGGACAAUGACCCUUAUCACACAGCCAAGACAACGCAGGAGUGGCUUCGGGACAAGUCUCUGAAUGUCCUUGAGUGGCCCAGCCAGAGCCCGGACUUGAACCUGAUCAAACAUCUCUGGAGAGACCUGAAAAUAGCUCUGCAGCGACACUCUGCAUCCAACCUGACAGAGAUUGAGAAGAUCUUCAGAGAAGAUUGGGAAUAACUCCACAAAAACAGGUGUGCAAGUUUGUGGCAUCAUAACCCAGAAGACUCAAGGCUGAAGUCGCUGCCAAAGAUGCUUCAAGAAAGUACUGAGUAAAGGGUCUGAAUACUUUUGGAAAUGUGAUAUUAUUAUUUUUAUAGACAAUUUUUUUAUUUUUUUUAUUUUUACCUUUAUUUUACUAGGCAAGUCAGUUAAGAACAAAUUCUUAUUUUCAAUGACGGCCUAGGAACAGUGGGUUAACUGCUUGUUCAGGGGCAGAAUGACAGAUUUGUACCUUGUCAGCUCGGGGAUUUGAACUUGCAACCUUUCGGUCUAACCACUAGGCUACCCUGCCGCCCAAGUUUGGGAUUACUUAGAAAUGUCCUUGUUUUUUAAAGAAAAGCACAUUUUUUUGUCCAUUAAAAUAACAUCAUAUUUAUCAGAAAUUACAGUGUAGACAUUGUUAAUGUUGUAAAUGACUAUUGUAGCUGGAAACGGCUGAUUUAAAAAUGAAAAAUAAAAAUGUAUUGAAUAUCUACAUAGGCCCAUUAUCAGCAACCAUCACUCCUGUGUUCCAAUGGCACGUUGUGUUAGCUAAUCCAAGUUUAUAAUUUUAAAAGGCUAAUUCAUUCUUAGAAAACCCUUUUGCAAUUAUGUUAGCACAGCUGAAAACUGUUGUCUGAUUAAAGAAGCAAUACAACUGGCCUUCUUUAGACUAGUUUAGUAUCUGGAGCAUCAGCAUUUGUGGGUUCAAUUACAGGCUCAAAAUGGUCAGAAACAAAUAACUUUCUUCUAAAAACUCGUCAGCCUGUUAUUGUUCUGAGAAAUUAAGGCUAUUCCAUGCGGGAAAUUGCCAAGAAACUAAAGAUCUCGUACAACGCUGUGUACUACUCCCUUCACAGAACAGCACAAACUGGUUCGAAACAGAAUAGAAAGAGGAGUGGGAUGCCCCGGUGAUCAACUGCGCAAGAGGACAAGUACAUUAGAGUGUCUAGUUUGAGAAACAACUGUCCCAGACUGCAUUUGGAAUAUUUAUUUCUCACGGCAACACAAAGCUGAUGCCGCCGGGAAAUUCAAGACAUUAUCAAUUGCUUGUCAAAUUGUGAAUGAGAAACUGAUGAAGUGUGUACGGCCUGCGCAAAAAAAAACAAAGCAGAGCUCAUGCCUUUCAUGCAACUUUUUACAAAGCAUCAUGCAGCCUUACAACGUAUUAACGUAUCUAAACAUAUAGCCCAUCGUUUGUAGAACAACUAAAGUUACAUUAAUAACUCUAAAUUAAGCAUAUACUGUAGGAGUACCUAUUUAUUGGUUAAACGCUGAACACAGAAUAGCUUCAUGUGCGCACUGCCUCAAAUCGUUUGGAGGAAAUAUCCUUUCAAUUUAAUCAGCUUUGUUCAAUUGUAUUCUUAUGCUAUAAAAUAAUGCCAUGGAAUUCUAAGAAGAUCUUGUCUGCUAAAUUAACUCAUGUAGCCCAUAGCCAGAUGAGGACCUAACAUAAGGACUAGUAUGCUAUUCUGUUCUUCUGAAUUAGACUACAUUUUCUUCAUAUCAUUAUGAAUGUGUAGACUAUAUUACAUGGAUUUAUUAGACGUUUUAAUGUAGAUGUACCAAAAGGUCUGCAUCAGUAGCUUGUAGGCUAUGUGUGGAAGCCAGUAGAUGCUAAAUGUGUUUAUGUUAAUUAAAGGUCAAUUACCGUGAGACCAGCAGUUACCAGCUGACAGAAUUGUGUUACCUCCACUGCCCUAUCCACGCCCCUACCUUUUUUAAGGUGUCUGUACUCCCAGUCAUGUGAAAUCCAUAGAUUAGGGCCUAAUGAUUUUAUUUUAAUUGACUUAUUUCCUUAUAAACGUCUUCUCAUUUUCAGCAAACUAUGACUUUAAUUGCCUACCGUCUGUAAGUUGUUAGUGUCUUAACGACCACUCCACAUUAGAGGUCGACCAAUUAAUCGGGAUGGCCGAUUAAUUAGGGCCGAUUUCAAGUUUUCAUAACAAUCAGAAAUCGGUAUUUUUGGGCGCCAAUUUUGCCGAUUUUUAUUAUUUUUUUUUUAUAUAUAUAUUUUUGUAAAAAAUAAAUAAAUGUUAUACCUUUAUUUAACUAGGCAAGUCAGUUAAGAACACAUUCUUAUGUUCAAUGACGGCCUAGGAACGGUGGGUUAACUGCCUUGUUCAGGGGCAGAACGACCUUGUCAGCUCGGGGGAUCCAAUCUUGCAACCUUAGAGUUAACUAGUCCAACGCACUAACCGCCUGCCUCUCAUUGCACCCACGAGGAGCCUGCCUGUUACGCGAAUGCAGUAGAAGCCAAGACCAUGACGGAGGAGGCUUUCGAUGUGGUGGUGGUGGGUUCCUGUAUGACUGACUUGGUCAGCCAGGCACCAAGGCUACCCAAGGCAGGAGAGACCAUCCACGGUCACAAGUUCUUCAUUGGUUUCGGAGGCAAAGGGGCAAACCAGUGUAUUCAGGCCGCUAGAAUGGGAGCCAAGACUGCCAUGGUCUGCAAGGUUGGCAAAGACUUCUUUGGAGAAAACUACAUCCAGAAUUUCAAGGACAAUGGUGUAUCCACAGAGUUUGUGGGGCAGACGGUUGACUCGGCCACUGGUGCUGCCUCCAUCAUUGUCAACGAUGCAGGGGAGAAUGCCAUUGUGAUCGUGGCUGGUGCCAACCUGCUACUGGGUGGCGAGGAUCUGCGGCGGGCACUGCCAGCCUUAAGCCAUGCCAAGGUAAUGGUGUGCCAGCUGGAGAUCAGCCCGGACACCUCCCUGCAGGCCCUGCGCCUGUCCCAUGAGAACAACGUGAAGACCAUUUUCAACCCAGCGCCGGCCAUUCCAGACCUGGAUCCUGAAUUCUAUAGAGCAUCCGAUGUGUUCUGCUGUAACGAAUCAGAGGCAGAGCUGCUGACGGGGGUGGCCGUGGCGAGUAUAGAGGAUGCUGGCCGGGCCAGUGAGGAGCUGCUGAGGCGAGGCUGCAGCUCGGUCAUCAUCACCCUGGGCUCCCGGGGCUGUGUUGUGCUGUCGGCACAGGAGCCCUCGUCCCCAUCACACCAUGUCCCCACCAAGCCGGUGACAACAGUGGAUACCACGGGAGCUGGAGACAGUUUCAUUGGUGCCCUGGCCUUCUACAUGGCUCACUUCCCUACAAUGUCCCUGGAAGAGAUGGCCAGGAGAGCCAAUCAGGUGGCAGGAGUGAGUGUACAGACAAUUGGGACACAGGCGUCUUAUCCCUCUAAAAAGGACCUACCCACAGACCUUUUCUAGAGAAGACAGCAACUUGCACGCUAAAUGGACACUGAGCCUGAACUAUCUAAAACACUGUGCCAAGUACUGUAUCAAGUAAUUAAACGACUAUGUAAAUAACUUAAUGCAA